CUACACUCUUCAAACUAGUAACAUCUCUCCUAGUCUUUCACUAUUGUUCCUUUUUCACUUACUAAUCACGAACAAAAUAUUCUGUGUAUAUUCUCUAUCACGUUGAAAACUCAAAAUGGUAAAGAAAUCACCAGAAUAUCAAGACAAUAAAGGCGAAAGUUCAAUAAAAUACACCGGUGUUCGUAAGCGAAAAUGGGGCAAAUGGGUGUCCGAAAUCCGCCUUCCAAAUAGCCGUGAGCGUAUUUGGUUAGGUUCAUAUGAUUCACCCGAAAAGGCUGCGCGCGCAUUUGACGCAGCACAAUAUUGCCUACGAGGUAAAUCAGCAAACUUUAAUUUUCCCGAUAAUCCUCCGGAUAUUGCCGGGGGACGAUCGAUGACACCCGCGGAGAUUCAAGCUGCUGCUGCGAGAUUCGCGAACUUAUCUUCUAACGACGUUGUCGAUGAUCAUAGGAUGAUCAUUGAUGAAUCGUCGGAGCAUCGUACAGUUGAAGAAUCUUUGUGUUAUUCACCAUCACUUUCUGAUGCAACCACGGUUCAAAUGGAUAGUUUUGAGAUGGGUGGUGUAGAAAAUUCUUUUCAUGAACAAUUGAGUUUGAGUACAGCUCUUGGCUCGGGUAAUUAUGUUUCGGAUUUUGGGUAUUAUUGUACCGGUUUUGAUGAUUUUACUGCGGCUGAUUUUUAUACGACAACACAACAACAACAACAACAACCGGAUAAUUUUAAUCAUGGUUGUAUGGAUGAUACUUAUGAUGCCUCACUUUACCAAGACUCGUAUCUUUGGAAUUUUUAAGAGGGGCACAAAAAAGAAAGUAAUUGAACAUAGUAAAAAUUAAUUACACUGUAAGAAGCAGAAUUUGGAACCAAUUUUUUUCUAGUUUCCACAUUUCUGUUUAAAUUAAUUUGAUCAAUUAGAUUGAAUUAUUCAGAAAAAAAAAUAAGGAAAAAGAAAAUUGUUAGUAAAUUUUUAGGACACAAAAUGUAAUUUGAGUAUUUUAGCAUUUUGUUGACCUUUAUAGAUGGAAAUUUUUUGUGAAGCAAUAUAAUGGCCUUCAUUAUCA